AUGUCAACUGAAUCGACAAUCGAUUUACAGUAUAAUACUUAUCAACAAUUAUAUUUUCAACAUCAAACUAUUCGACGAGAACAUCAAGGAAUACUUCUUGAAUCAUUACAAAAUUUAAAACACAAUGUCAAUAGUUGUCUUAUAGAUGAUAAACGUAGAUAUGAAAAUGCUAAAGAAACAUUUUAUCAUAAAUUUAAUAUAUUCAAACGUAUAUUUACUCAUACAGCUUCACAAUAUAAAAAUUCAUCUGUUGUACCACUUAAACAAAUUUAUCAACAACGAAAAUAUCUAUCAACAAAAGUUCUUCAAUUAUUCAAUGAAACAACAUUUGAAACAUCACCAAUAGAAACGCGUACACAUUGGAAUGGAUCUAUAGCAGUUGUAUACAAUCCAAUAACAGGUCGUGCAGAAUGGAAACAAUAUCGACAUGGUGCAAUUCAUGGCGUAUUCAACCCAAUUACACAUACUAUUGAAUGGGAAGAGGGUUUUCAAACAGGUGUUUAUGGAGUUUUUAAUCCUAAAUUAAAUAUAGUCGAAUGGAAGAAAUUCUAUAAAGGUGGUGUUCAUGGAGUUUAUAACCCAGCGAUAGAUACAAUUGAAUGGCAAACAUCAUUUCAUUCAGGUAUUGGAGGUGUUUAUAAUCCUUUAACAAAAGAAAUUGAAUGGAAAACAUCAGUUUAUGGUGGUGUUGUUGGAUAUUUCGAUUAUGAAACACAAACAAUUAAAUGGAUAGAAAGAUGGCAUCAUGGUAUUGCUCUUAUUUCAUGGGAUUCGACUACAAAUAAUUAUAUAACAACUGCUAGCUGUGGAUGGUAUGGUGAUAAUUAA